AUGAGGCGCAACGUGAAGAUUUUGUUUGGUUUUGCCGCUGCAUGGAUUUUUGUCCUCUUCUAUUAUAUGCAGCCGGACUCUACUCAAGCUAAGGAAGAAAAUAUAGCUCUCAGGCUUAUAAAACAACAUGUGGAUGAACCAGAAAGCAGUCCUGCAUCUCCUGAAGAAUAUGGCACGGGAAGUACAGGAAGGUACUUCGACGAAGCGGGAUACGUCACGGGGGGUGCACGAGACAACGAUCCCUAUGUCCGCAAUAGGUUUAACCAAGCUGCAUCUGACAAUCUAUCGAGUAAUAGAGCUGUACCUGACACGAGAAAUGCUAUGUGCCGGCUAAAGAAAUACGAUGAAGACCUACCUCAAACGAGCGUAAUCAUCACAUUUCACAAUGAAGCGCGAUCAACACUCCUGCGCACCAUCGUCAGUGUUCUAAACAGAAGUCCGGAACAUCUCAUAAAAGAAAUCAUCCUAGUCGAUGACUUCAGUGAUAAUCCGGAAGACGGUGCAGCUCUAAGGGCCAUACGCAAAGUGCAUGUAAUACGGAACUCAAAGCGAGAGGGGCUCAUGCGGUCUCGAGUGCGAGGCGCGGACGCGGCCACGGCGCCAGUACUUACAUUCUUAGACUCCCAUGUCGAAUGCAACGUGCAUUGGCUUGAGCCACUCUUGCAGAGGAUAAAGGAGGACCCAACAAGAGUAGUGUGUCCUGUGAUCGAUGUCAUCAGCAUGGACACGUUUCAGUACAUAGGAGCGUCGGCGGACUUACGGGGCGGCUUCGACUGGAACCUGGUGUUCAAGUGGGAAUACUUAUCGCAUGCGGAACGCAGCGCACGUCUCAGUGAUCCAACACAAGUGAUCAGAACGCCAAUGAUAGCUGGGGGGCUAUUCAGUAUGGACAGACGCUAUUUCAACAAACUGGGCAAAUAUGAUAUGAAAAUGGAUGUUUGGGGCGGCGAGAACUUAGAAAUUUCAUUCAGAGUAUGGCAAUGUGGUGGAUCACUAGAGAUCGUGCCGUGUUCCCGAGUGGGCCAUGUGUUCCGCAAGCGUCACCCGUACACGUUCCCGGGCGGGUCGGGAGCGGUCUUCGCCAGGAACACUCGUCGUGCCGCCGAAGUCUGGAUGGAUGAUUACAAGGAACUUUACUAUAGAUCGCAACCUUUGGCAAAGCAAGUUGAAUAUGGAGACAUAUCCGAACGUUUAGCAAUCCGUGAAAAGCUUCACUGCAAGCCGUUUAGAUGGUACCUCGAACACGUGUACCCUGAACUGCAGGUGCCUGCGAUGGGAGGCGCUUCAUAUGCGAUCAGACAAGGCCCACGAUGCUUGGACACAAUGGGACAUCUUAUUGACGGUACUGUAGGUAUGUACCCAUGUCACAACACCGGUGGCAACCAAGAGUGGCGUUUCGACAACGGCCUCAUCCGCCAUCACAGCCUCUGUAUCUCCCUCUCAGAGGACCGUGUGACUGCAGUCCUCGCUGCGUGCGAUCCUUCAGAUGACGCCCAGCUUUGGAGAACUCGUGGCCCUCUCAUUCGACACGCAAAACUAAACGCUUGUCUAGAUUCAGACAGGCCGGCAUUAUAUUUGCAACAGUGUGACGAUGAUAAGAUAAGUCAACAGUUCACUUUC